CUUCCGAGUAACCUCAAAAUAAUUAAGCUCUCUUCUGUCUAUACACUAUAACCUCCUCCACUGUAAUCCACUAAUCCUCAUUACAACAAUGAUAGUUUCCAUCCACCCAUGUUCACACUUGAUUCUUAAGACCACUUUCUUAUUGCUUCUGAGCCUGACAAACAAUACAGACUCACUUAAGUUCAACUUCACUAAGUUUCAAACAAAGGAACUGAAAGAUAUUACCUUCCAAGGUGAUGCUUCUGCUUUUAAUGAAUCUCUCAAACUCACUAAAGUUGAUGGUCAAGGCAUUUCCCUUCAUAAUAGUGUUGGCCGGGCCUCGUAUUCAAAACCAGUGCAGCUUUGGGAUAAAGACACAGGCGAAGUCACAGAUUUCACUGCUGGCUUCUCUUUUGUGAUCAAAGCAAAUGACACUGAGAGCAGGUUUGGGGAUGGAAUCUCCUUCUUCAUUGCGCCUUUUGACUCCGACAUCCCUGCUAAUUCAGGAGGUGGAUAUCUUGCUCUUUUCAGUGCUGAAAAUGCAAAUGACUCCAGCCAAAACAAUCCUAUUGUUGCAGUUGAGUUUGAUAGUUAUGAAAAUCGAUGGGAUCCAAGCUCUAAUCACAUAGGGAUCAAUGUAAACUCCAUUAUAUCAGAAAGAAAUGUGUUGUGGAAUAGUAGCAUUAAAGAUGGAAGAGUAGCAAAUGCCUUGGUGAGUUUUAACCCCAGUACUAGUAUUUUAGGUGUCUUUCUAACUUAUAAUGGAACUCCCUUCAACAGUACAAUGGACAACCAGCUUCAACAUCGGGUGAAUAUGAAGGAUGUCUUACCAGAAAAGGUCCGAAUUGGUUUCUCUGCAGCCACUGGGGUCUCAUUUGAAACGCAUAACAUUCUUUCUUGGUCCUUCAGUUCAAGCCUGGAGAUUAAAGGAAAAGGCAACGCAGGUUUGUGGAUUGGUUUAGGCAUUGGUCUCGUCGUUUUGAUUUGUGGACUGCUAGUGAUUUGGUUUAUCUUAAAGAGAAGAAGGGCUGCAAGGAGAAUGGAAGAGGAGGAAUACGAUGAUUCCAUUGAUGGUGAAUUUGGAGAAACUGGACCUAAGAGGUUUACUUACAGAGAAUUAAACUAUGCAACAAACAACUUUUCUGAGGAAGGGAAGCUUGGACAGGGAGGAUUUGGAGGUGUUUACAGAGGUCUGUUAGCAGAAUCCAAUACAGAAGUGGCGGUUAAGAGGAUAUCUAAAGGAUCAACGCAGGGAAAAAAGGAGUAUGUUUCUGAGGUGAAAAUCAUUAGUCGUUUGAGACACAGAAAUUUGGUUCAACUCAUUGGUUGGUGCCACACGAAAGGUGAGUUCCUUCUUGUCUAUGAAUUUUUGCCCAAUGGUAGCCUUGAUAACCAUCUCUUUGGAGGGAAACCAACACUAACAUGGGCAGUAAGACAUAGAAUAGCUAUUGGCUUAGCUUCGUCCUUGUUGUAUCUUCAUGAAGAAUGGGAACAGUGUGUUGUGCAUAGAGAUAUCAAGUCAAGCAAUAUAAUGUUAGAUUCAAACUUCAAUGCCAAGCUAGGAGAUUUUGGCCUAGCCCGGCUUGCAGACCAUGAGUCAGGUUUACAAACAACAAUGUUAGCAGGCACCAUGGGUUACAUGGCCCCGGAAUGUGUCACUACUGGGAAGGCUAGUAAAGAAUCUGAUGUCUAUAGCUUUGGAGUGGUUGCCCUUGAAAUCUGCUGUGGAAGAAAACCAGUUAUAAGAAAUGCAGAACCAAGCCAAGUAAGCCUUGUGGAGUGGGUGUGGGACAUGUACGGAAAAGAUCAAGUCCUUGAAGCAGCUGACAUGAGAUUAAGUGAGGAAUUUGAUGAGAGGCAGAUGGAGAGCUUGAUGGUAACUGGGUUAUGGUGUUGCCAUCCAGAUCCCAUAUUCAGGCCUAAUAUCAAACAAGUGGUGAGCGUUCUAAAUUUUGAAGCUCCAUUGCCUACCCUGCCAUCCAAGUUGCCAAGGCCAAUGUAUUUUGCUCCUUCAUUCAAUAUCAGUUCUACCUCUUAUACAUCAUCUACCACUACAAGGUCCACUCACGAUCGAUUUCAGUAUUCAUCAAGCAAUUAUGUCUCAGAUUCAUCAACAUCAUCAGACCCCUCAAGACCCUUGAGAUUCUCAGAAACUUAACCGGUAGUUUCUCUUUGUUGUUUAGCCCUUUAUUAUAGUAUUUUCAGAAAUUGAUUUUCGUUGUCGACAAGGUAUUGUGUACAUAUAUGUGUAUGGUAUUUGGAUCAGAUUAUGGUUUGUAUGAAAGUUUUGGUCAAUAAUGUUUGGCAAAAUGAAAUUGUUGUCAUUUUGUGGAAGUUUCUGAAGCAUUUGACAGUUGACACCUGUACCCUA